UUCCUUUCUCUCUCUAAAAAGUUUCAACCUUUCUCUCUCCUCUGUAUUAAUUUCGCAUUCAAAUUUACAGCCCAAUUCUUUCCUUUUGUUCUUCCAAGUAAAACCCAUCUUUUAUAUUUGUCACAUUCUUCUUCUUCCUCUUUAAACUGACAGAGGGACCAGAAAAGCCCCAAUUUUUAUUAGGGUUUGGUAUUCUCUGCAUGCAGAUUAAGCUGAAAUGGGUGACCUUGGAGAGGUUGGACCUGAAAUUAGUUCGGAUAUAGAGGAGGACUUGAGGUGUGAUAAUAUAGCGGAGAAAGAUGUUAGUGAUGAGGAGAUUGAUCCGGAAGAGCUUGAGAGACGAAUGUGGAAGGAUCGAAUCAAACUCAAAAGGAUCAAGGAAAAGCAGAAGCUUGAGGCCCAAAUGGCUGCGGAAAAGCAGAAGCCCAAGCAGUCAUCUGAUCAGGCUCGAAGGAAGAAAAUGUCGAGAGCACAAGAUGGGAUUCUAAAGUAUAUGUUGAAGUUGAUGGAAGUGUGCAAAGCUCGUGGAUUUGUGUAUGGUAUAAUUCCUGAGAAGGGCAAGCCAGUAAGCGGUGCUUCUGAUAACAUCAGAGCUUGGUGGAAAGAAAAAGUGAAGUUUGAUAAGAAUGGCCCUGCAGCCAUAGGCAAGUAUGAAGCGGAGAUUCUUGCCAUGACUGAUGCAGACACUAACCGAAAUGGUAAUUCCCAGAGCAUCCUCCAAGAUCUACAAGAUGCAACUCUUGGUUCUCUACUGUCUUCGUUGAUGCAACAUUGCGACCCCCCUCAAAGGAAGUAUCCAUUAGAAAAGGGAAUUCCUCCCCCUUGGUGGCCAACAGGGAAUGAAGAUUGGUGGGUGAAAUUAGGGAUACCCCAUGGUCAGAGUCCUCCUUAUAAGAAGCCACAUGACUUAAAGAAGAUGUGGAAAGUUGGGGUGUUAACAGCUGUGAUAAAGCACAUGUCCCCUGAUAUUGCAAAGAUAAGGCGGCAUGUCCGCCAGUCAAAAUGCUUACAGGAUAAGAUGACAGCAAAGGAGAGUGCAAUUUGGUUGGGGGUUCUAAGCCGAGAAGAAGCCCUCAUCCGGCAGCCCAGUAGUGAUAAUGGGACAUCUGGCAUAACUGAGAUGCUAUGUCGUGGCCGUGGUGAAAAGCAUGCUACUGCUAGUGGUAAUAGUGAUUAUGAUGUUGAUGGCACUGAUAAGGAGUUAAUCGAUGCCGGAUCUGUUUCAUCCAAAGAUGACAGGAGGACUGAGCUGAUAGAUGUAGAGCCAUCUAGUAAUCUACGCAAUGGUACUACGACUAAUCGUGUCCAAGGUAAAGAGAAAGGUGAAAAGCGAACGAAGAGAAAAAGGUCUCCUGUAAGACCAAGCUCUGAUGAUCAACUUCCUGCACCAAUUGUGAGUGAGCAUAUGCAUGUUGAACCAAUAAAUGCUUUGCUUGAUAUAAACCACACUGAUGCACAGAUGAUUGGAUUUCCAAUUCAUGAAGAUCAUCAGGAAAAUGUUUCAGUCACAACUUUACGGCCACAAGUGCAUGAUCUUGGUGUCCAAGCAUUACCAGCGUCCGGGUUUAACUACUAUGCUGAUGUACCUGAUGAUGGUGCACUUGCAACGACACAGAGCAUGCAUGUGGGUGGAACACCCAUGCUUUAUUAUGGGGUGCAAAGUGCUGAGAUGCAUCAUGGAAAUAUGUUUGACCUUUAUAAUCCAUCUGCAGAAUAUGUGCCCGGUCAUGAGAGGCAGCAGUCUCAGAUUGUGAUGAAUGAACCUCAAAUUGGACCAGCAGAUGGAGUCCCUAUACAAACAGUUAGAAAUGGAAAUGAGAUUACUGGAGGAGAUUUACCCUUCUAUAAGGACCCAUUUCUGAGUGAGCAAGACAGAAUGGUCGAUCCUAACUUUGAUCUUGGGGUAAUAUUCAACAGCCCAUUCCGACCUGACCUUGGAUUUGAGGGCACUGCUUCAUUCGAUGAUGAACUGGAUGUGAUGUCAUACUUUGCAGCAUAACUUGUAAGAAUUCAAGCCGCAUAGCUUAGAAUGUAAGCCGUAUUUCUCUCUUGUGCCACCAUAUUUAUAAUCUGUGUCAGAAUUGAUCAUGAUUCUUUUCUUUUAGGAAAAAGAGAAGUCAAGGGAAUGAUGGUAUUUAGUGUUAUAGUUUCCUUUCACUUAUCUUUAAUAAGAAUGAAACCCCUGGGGUUCAUGUAAAUAGUUGAUUUUUUAGGCUGGAUAAAUGUCGUAGUUAUGAUUAUUUGGUCAA